GCCUUGCAGCUUUCCUCGACUUUCAGCUUUUCGCAAUUUUUGAUCUCGGCUUUGGUUGUGUCAUCAUUUUUCAGACGUGGCAUUUUAGUUUAAGCUUUAUUUAUUCAUGAGAUGUGAUUCUGUAUCCAUUUUAUUAUCUCGAAGUACACCAUUGAGUAAUUUAUACAUAGAGAACUCAACCUUACCUCUUUGUAGAGCACUGAAACUCUCCAUAGGAGUGAAACUAGGUAGAAACAUUAUGGAACUGCUUUCGCAAUGAAGCAUCAAACUCAAUCUCUAAUUAAAGAAGCAUGUCAUCGUGUAGCUAAUCUGAAAGUGUCUCGGAUUGUUCUUCUAGUGUGCAUCGCUCUAUUGGUAGUCAUAUUUUUCACUUACCAUGAUCUGUCAAAGGUUGAAGGAAAUGGUAAUCCAAGCAUCUACCGGUCUCGAACAAAAUUGGAAAUUUUUGAAGAUUUUAGUGUUUUGCGAGCAUCAGAUCUUAAGAUAAGAAUUGAAGAGAUGUUGAGAAUCAAAGGUUCUGUGAGUACUGAACUUCGUGAUCUUGAAUACAGGCGCCAGAAGCUGCAAGCAGAAAUUCUAACAUGUAUUCAUAAAAUUGACCAAUACAAGAAUGAAAUAGGUCGUCAGCAAACGGAGUUGGAUAAACUCAAAAUGUCCGUCCAGCAGGCUCAAGUGGCACACCAUGAAGCCUUAAUCCAAAACACACCUGAUCUUGCGCUCCCUUUGCGCCUGCUACCAGUUCGUCCGCCCACAUCACUCACUCCUCCGUUUGAGCCACCAGCAUCUUACCCGUGCCAUUCUUUAUCAGACUGCUUUGAUCUCUCCAGAUGUUCAUUCACCUCUGGUUUCCCUGUAUAUUUGUACAACCCUGAUUUGUAUUUUUCAUCAUGGCAUGUGUCCAAUUUCAUGAUCUCUGCAAUCAAAGAAGCCAUCCAUUUCAACCCUCACUUCAGUGGGGACGAAAACACAGCAUGUGUCUAUCUGGUCCUGAUUGGAGAGAGGUCUCAGACUAACAGUAGUCUUCAGUUAAAUCAACUGCCAUUUUGGGCAGGCGAUGGCCGCAAUCACAUUUUGAUCAACCUCUCAAGACAAGAUCUGUCUAGUGACUUUGCUGGAAUAGAAAAUUUGAAUUUUAGCCGAGCAAUUGUCGCACAAAGUUCUUGGCUCCAUUCUCUUUUUAGACCUGGUCAUGACCUUGUUAUUCCUCCGGCUCUUGGACCUCCAGGAGGCGAUGUCUGGUUCGAUUGCCCUUACAUGCUCCCGGCCCGGAGGAAGUACCUAAUUUCAUUUGAGGCCUAUUCUACUGUCUCCUCAUCCUACUCUUUUGAUUAUUCUGUGAUAGCCAAAUACUUGACAUCAAAAACAUCCGACAAGUUCUUCUUUGCGUUCGGCUGUGAGCCUGGAGCAACGCAAUUCAAAGAAGAGUACAACCUUUGUGGUAAUGAAACCACUCGAUCUGUGAUACUUAAAGACUCAACUUUUGCUCUCAUAACUCCUCCGGUGAAUUCUUCGUUUGUGUCAACGCCUUUGUUCCAGGCGAGACUUUACGAGGCCAUGAAAUACGGUGCCAUUCCUGUUGUACUCGGAAAUGAUCAUGUCCAACUACCUUAUUCAGAGGUCAUAUAUUGGCGUAAAGCUGUGAUAGGUUUGCCAGUGAGCCGCAUCACUGAACUUCAUUUCCUUCUACGAAGUAUAUCAGAUGCUGAUAUUCUUCUCAUGCGACGCCAAACACGUUUGCUGUGGGAGCGAUACUUUAGCUCUGUUCAAGCCAUCAUUGACAGCGUUCUAGCUGUUGUAAGAGAUCGAAUAAAUUUGCCGCCAUCACCAAUCAGAGAGGAGCCUUCGCCAAGUGUGUUCAGUGAUAAUUUUGUGCCAUUAAAAAUAGAACCCGUUGUGAGUGAUGCUAAACCAGAAGAGAAUUUGGGGCCACUUGAACCUCCAUAUGCCUCCCCAAAAUUCAAAAGGAACUUCACCAUCAUGCUUACUCAAGGUUAUGAAUUAUGGAAUGAGUGGGGAGACCCAUUCAGACUGUACCCACAAAUUCCAUUUGAUCCACUUUUGCCUUCCGAUGCUAAAUUCAUUGGAUCAGGUGUGGGUUUCAGGCCUGUGAAUCAGGGAGCUGGUGGCGCUGGAAAAGAAUUUUGUGAAAGCCUCGGUGGCAAUUCACCAAGAGAACAGUUUACAAUUGUUAUUCUUACUUAUGAAAGAGAGCAGGUGUUGAUGAACUCACUAAGUAGACUACACGGUUUACCAUAUCUUCACCAAGUAGUAGUUGUAUGGAACUCACCACGCCCUCCUCUUGAAGAUCUUCGGUGGCCUGAAAUUGGAGUCCCUGUGAAAGUAAUCAAGGCUCCUUACAACAGUCUGAACAACAGGUUCCUUCCUUAUGAAGCUAUUGAGACUGAAGCUGUUUUAUCUGUAGAUGAUGAUGCUCAUUUGCGACAUGAUGAGAUCAUUUUCGGCUUCCGAGUAUGGAGAGAGCAUCGAGACCGAGUGGUUGGCUUCCCUGGCCGUUUCCAUGCUUUGGACAUCAACUACAAACCUGGAUGGCUCUACAACUCCAACUAUAGCUGUGAACUUUCAAUGGUUCUCACUGGUGCUGCUUUUGUGCACAAAUAUUACCUGUACCUUUACUCUAAUUGGCUACCACAAGCAAUCCGUGACAAAGUUGAUGAAUACAUGAAUUGUGAAGACAUAGCGAUGAACUUCCUUGUUUCACACGUCACCCGAAAGCCACCAAUCAAGGUAACAUCACGGUGGACAUUUAGAUGUCCAGGCUGUCCUGUCUCUCUCUCUGAGGAUGAUACACACUUUCAAGAACGACACAAGUGUAUCAAUUUCUUCACAAAAAUUUUUGGUUACACUCCUUUAUUGAACACUCAGUUUCGAGCUGAUUCAAUCUUGUUCAAGACGCGGAUACCUCAUGAUAAGCAGAAAUGCUUUAAGUUUAUAUAAUCAGGUAUUCAAUACUUUUUACUAGUUCCUUUUUCUACCUGCUGAGCCCUGUCCAAUUUUUUGUUAAAAAAUGAAAGGCUAAGUUUUUCCGAAAGUGAAAAAAUAUUUUGAGCUGCAGGAUACAUUAGGUCUCUAUGAAGACCCUGUAAAAUGCAUUGACUCACAAUCAGAUGUUUCUACUUAUAUUAAUGUUUGAAGUGCAAUUUUACUUCUUUAUUUUUUUUAUUUUUUUAAAUUUUUCUUUUAGAAAAUGACCUGAGAUUUUUAAGAAAAAUUGUUUCAGGAAAACUUAUUGAUGAAAGCAUGAUCUUUGCUUUCUCUGUGGAUGGUUUUUGGUGACAUGAUGGGAGUUUGUGCGUCAAACAUUUUGUCUUGAAUUUAUCAUAAUUUUGAUUGCUAUGACAAAGUGCAUUACAAUACCCGUUGGAUAGACUUCAAUUAUUAACAACAUGCUCCCAAGUGUAUUGAAAGUACGAAGUUCUCCCGAGACUAUUGUUUUUCUUGGGAUCACUGCUUUAAUUAUUGUACAAAACUAACCACAUGAAAGUUUCCUCUAGCUUAUUCCAUUCUAGAAUUGGGAGGAGAAAGUAUGGGUUGGGGGGAGGGUGUGUCUUAUUUUGGGUUUAUCCUUGUUUAACCGCACUUUUUUUAAAGCCAUCUCAUGUGUUAUGAAACACCGGUCAACGGACUGUUUCCACGCAGUUGUCUUUUUAUCCGCCAUGUGAAUAUCUAAAAAUACGAUAGUUCUCAAUACCACGAUUAAAAUGCGAUACUGUAUUGCAUCAUAGUCCACGGUUUAGCUAUAUUGAGCUCCUGCCGCGAUGAUUACGGUUUCGUUGUUAAUAUUCUUCUCUUCUUUACUGAACCACUUUCCCACGGAAUCAGUGUUAUACUGUAAUGGGGGGAUGAAAUGAUCCAACGCUCGUAGUCAAAUGGUAGAGACUGAUCAAUAUAAUCGGUAAGAUAGCCUGGUAUACAUAGGAUGCACUUGGCUAAGGUGACCACUUACUCGCUGCCUCGAUGUACAAUAACGCGCCGCGAAUCUUGAGAGCAUAUAUCUCGUAAUGUCCGACCGAGCUAUGACGUCGGAGACGUGAUUGCGAGAUAAAUAGAUGCUACGAGAUAGAUACUCUAUAUCAGAAAGGGUAUACGGGAAGUAAAGGCAGAAAGGUAGUCAGAUAUACGUAGGACACAUUAUUAUAUUCACAGUAUGGAGGAAAGAGGACAACGUAGUGCACAAUUACAUUUUUGAUUCGCGAAUGCCAACGGCUAAAUUCGUGACUGCAUAUCUAGGAAAGAAAAAACAAUUGAGAGCGCCCAGCUCUGGAUGUUGAAUUAUUGUCAACAACUUCUACAUUCCAACAGCCUCCCUUAAUUUGUGACCUAUUUUUAAAAAUAAAAAUAAAAAUUGGGAGCAAAUUAGGACCCGACAUUGUUGAGACACCUAACAGAAAAAAACAAAAAGAAAGUAUGCAAUUAGAAGGGAAAAAAUAGAUUCAGCCUCCCUGGAUCAGUUGUUGGAUUACUCUAGCUAAA